ACGACAUCGUUUUGAAGACAUUUUUUUCUCAGCUCUCCUUAAUUAGUGUCCCCGCAUCCAACAACCCCUGCGCGAGGAACCUGAAGCUAAGUCAGAGAUGGCUUCCUCUGCAGCAGAUGAUAAACCAAGAUCUGUGAAAAGAGUGGCUGUGGUUGGUGCUGGGGUAAGUGGGCUUGCUGCAGCCUACAAAUUGAAAUCACAUGGUCUGGAUGUCACUGUAUUUGAAUCUGAAGGAAGAGCUGGAGGGAGGUUAAGAAGUGUUUCUCAGGAUGGACUCGUUUGGGAUGAGGGAGCUAAUACAAUGACUGAAAGUGAAGUGGAGGUUAAAGGUUUGAUUGAUGCUCUUGGACUUCAAGACAAGCAACAAUAUCCAAUUUCACAGCAUAAGCGCUAUAUUGUGAAAAAUGGGACACCACUUCUGGUACCCACAAAUCCUGCUGCACUCCUGAAGAGCAAACUCCUUUCUGCACGAUCAAAGAUCCAGAUCAUUUUUGAACCAUUUAUGUGGAAAAGAAGGGACCCCUCAAAUUUGUGUGAUGAAAAUUCUGAGGAAAGUGUUGGUGGGUUCUUUGAACGUCAUUUUGGGAAAGAGGUUGUGGACUAUCUGAUUAAUCCUUUUGUUGGAGGCACUAGUGCAUCAGAUCCUGAAUCUCUUUCAAUGUGCCAUUUUUUUCCAGAGCUAUGGGAUUUGGAGAAAAGGUUUGGCUCCAUUAUAGCUGGGGCUUUGCAAUCCAAGUUUGCCAAAAAGGACAAAACUGGAGUGAAUAGGAGUGCGCCAAGAAAAAACAAAAACAAGGGUGGUUCAUUUUCUUUCAAUGGUGGGAUGCAGACACUAACUGAUACAUUGUGCAAAGAGAUUGGCAAAGAUGACCUUAAACUAAGUGCAAAGGUUUUGACAUUAGCUUACAGUCAUGAUGGAAGUUCCUCAUCGCAAACCUGGUCUAUAACUUGUACUUCUAACCAAAACACACAAGAUAUUGAUGCAAUAAUUAUGACGGCUCCCAUGUGUAAUGUCAAGGACAUCAAGAUCACAAAAAAAGGAACCCCAUUUCCUCUUAAUUUUCUUCCUGAGGUGACCUAUGUGCCACUCUCUGUCAUGAUUACUACCUUUAAAAAGGAGAAUGUGAAGAGACCUCUGGAGGGAUUUGGAGUUCUUGUUCCUUCAAAAGAGCGACAAAAUGGUUUAAAAACCCUUGGUACCCUUUUUUCCUCUAUGAUGUUUCCAGAUCGUGCACCUAGUGAUUUAUAUCUCUAUACCACCUUCAUUGGGGGAACUCAAAACAGGGAAUUGGCUCAAGCUUCAACUGAGGAGCUUAAGAAAAUUGUUACUUCUGACCUGAGAAAGUUGUUGGGAGCAGAGGGGGAGCCUACAUUUGUCAACCAUUUCUUUUGGAGUAAAGGCUUUCCUUUGUACGGACGUAACUAUGGGUCAGUUCUUGAAGCAAUUGAUAAGAUGGAAAGAGAUCUUCCCGGGUUUUUCUAUGCAGGUAACCACAAAGGUGGACUCUCAGUUGGCAAAGCAAUUGCCUCAGGUUGCAAAGCAGCUGAUCUUGUAAUUUCUUACCUCAACUCUGCUUCAGACAACACAGUGCCUGGUAAGUGAUAUCAUCGUAUAUGCUGGAAAUGUAUGUUUUCUAUUUACCAAAAUUGAUGUUUAUAAACAACUUAUUUUAGUAUCUCUAAACAAUGUAAUAAUUGUUAUCUUUAUACAAUGCAAUAGUUCUGUAGAAUAAUAAUGAGUUUUUAAAUUGAGUUCU